GACCCUGACCUUGAGCAAGAUGGCGACAACUAUGGCCAGUCGGAUAACAUCAAGCGCGUUUAAACACAGAAAACUGUGUUUAUCAUUACGUUUGAAGGUUGCCACUUCUCAGCAGUAUGGCCGCUCAAUCUACACCACUGGUGCUCAUCUCAAAGACUUGUACUGGAAUGACAAGGCUACUGAAGGGGAACCGAUGUUUGACAAAAUCCUGAUCGCCAACCGGGGAGAGAUUGCGUGUCGGGUGAUGAAGACCUGCCGUAGAAUGGGCAUCAAAACUGUCGCUGUUCACAGUGAGGCGGACUCCAUGGCCGUUCACACUCGUAUGGCAGAUGAGGCUAUCUGUAUUGGCCCUGCUCCAACUUCACAGAGUUACCUGGUUAUGGAUAACAUUCUUCAAGCAGUCAAAGAUACUGGCGCUCAAGCGGUUCAUCCAGGCUAUGGGUUCUUGUCUGAGAACACAAAGUUUGCAGCCAACCUGGCAGAUAUAGGUGUGCAGUUUAUCGGUCCUAACUCCGAGGCCAUCCGCGCAAUGGGAGAUAAGAUUGAGAGUAAGCGUAUCGCCACAGCAGCUCGUGUGAACAUGAUCCCUGGACAUGAUGGGGUCGUACAGGAUGCUGAACACUGUGUGCAUCUCGCCAAUGAGAUUGGCUAUCCUGUGAUGGUGAAGGCAUCGGCAGGCGGAGGUGGUAAGGGCAUGAGGAUAGCUUGGAACGAUCAGGAGUGUCGAGACGCUUUCAGAUUGUCCUCCCAAGAGGCUGCUUCGAGUUUCGGUGAUGACAGAAUGUUGAUAGAGAAGUUUAUAGACAACCCUCGCCACAUUGAGGUGCAGGUGCUCUGUGACAAGCACGGUAAUGGCGUCUGGCUGAAUGAGCGGGAAUGUUCAAUCCAGAGACGAAACCAGAAGGUCAUAGAGGAGGCUCCCAGUGUGUUUGUGGACCCAUUGAUGAGGAAGAAGAUGGGAGACCAGGCCAUUCAGUUGGCUAAGGCUGUCGGCUACGACUCUGCUGGUACUGUAGAGUUUCUGGUGGAUUCCAAAAAGAAUUUCUACUUCCUGGAGAUGAACACUCGUCUACAAGUGGAACAUCCAAUCACAGAGUGUAUCACUGGCAUAGAUAUUGUCCAUCAGAUGAUUCGAUCGGCUAAAGGUCAUGAGCUUGCCUACACCCAGCAUGACGUACCCGUGGACGGAUGGGCGAUCGAGUGCCGAGUGUACGCAGAAGACCCGUACAAGAACUUCGGCAUGCCGUCAAUCGGCCGUCUGUACAAGUACAUAGAACCACUCCAUAUACCCCAUGUCCGAUGCGAUAGCGGUAUUCAGGAGGGGUCACAGAUCAGCAUUUAUUAUGAUCCCAUGAUCUGUAAGUUGGUGACAUACGGUGACUCGAGAACAGAGGCCUUGGAUACCAUGGUUACAGCCUUGGACUCCUACGUCAUUAAAGGCGUGACCCACAACAUCCCCCUAUUACGUGACAUCAUCACCGAGAAGACUUUCGUGGCCGGUGACAUCACCACUAAAUACUUGCAGACGGUCUUCCCAGAUGGCUUCCAGGGUAAGGUCCUGAACGAAGUGGAGACACAAGAACUAACCGCUCUUACGGCUGCCAUCUUUGCCAAGGAACAACUUAUUGCCCGAACUUUCUCAAACCAGGACAGGGUCCCAAUGAAGAAAGAUUUGCCCAUGUCAUGGCACCUGAGUGUCAGCAUUGCCGACAAAGAUGUGGAUCUGUCUAUCACCAAGAAAGAGGGCAGGUUUGAGGUUCAAAUCGGAGACCGUGUAUACAAGGUGUCAGACACAAUCUCCUUCUCCAAUCCCCUGUUGGACAUCAAGGUCGACGGUCACUCUCAGCUAAUACAGCUCACCCAGCGUCUUGGUGGAGGUCGAUACCAGAUACGCUUCCAAGGAACAGUGUUCCCUGUAUCCGUGCUGGACCAGCGUACCGCCAUGCUGUAUGACUUCAUGCCCGAAAAGGUGGAGAUUGACACAUCAACUGUUAUUCUUGCUCCAAUGCCUGGCAUGCUUAAGUCAGUGUGCGUUACCGCAGGCGACAGUGUGUCAGAAGGACAGGAAGUGGCUGUUCUCGAGGCAAUGAAGAUGCAAAAUAGUCUCGUGGCUGCUAAGACUGGCAAGAUUAAGAAGGUAACCUUCAAAGCUGGUGACACGGUCGACGAAGGAGACAUUCUUGUGGAACUGGAAUGAGUGUUGCCAUGGUUACAAGACACGCAUGGGCGCUCCCAGAUAGAACUGCUGUAGUUAUAGUCCCUCACCCUUGUUGAAGCAGACUUGACUAUAUAAUAUGGAAAUCUCAGGAGAUAAAAAAACAAUGGCCGUGUAUUAAUUAAUUUUUUUCAGGGAUUGAAUGAUUGAGUAUUUGGAUUUGUUGGUGAAUGAAAGAAUUCGGUUAGUGCAUGGUCUGUGAAGCCUUAAGAUUUUUAUCUGUGCACUGCCCAAGCAUUGGCAUACACUAACAAACCCCAAAUAUUAUUCUGAAAUCCUCAGUGUUAUUAAUUAUACUAUGGCAUAAUCCUCAGCGGCUACAAUUCUAAAAAUUACACUUCGAAGGACAUAAGGAUGAUUUAGGUUUAAUUUUUAAAUUUAUAUCACCUUAUGAUCAUAGAAAGGAAUUUCUCUGAUCAAGAGUGAAAUAAAUUUUGACAUUAAAAUGUUCUUUUUUUUUUUUUUUUUAGAAAUGGUAUUGUCUUUAAUUGAAAAAUCAUGAGACAUAUUUCUGACAUCAGUUUAGUGGCAUAUAAAAUGAACAUAAACCAGUAAUUAAUGCUAUGUUACUUUUUAAUAAUGAUCAGUAAUGGAACCAACUUAUACAUGAGGGGUGAAAUACCAAAAAGUAUUGGGUUUUUUCCAGAUAUAAAAUAUCAGAGGUUCUAAAUAUCAAUUGAUGAAGAUUUUUUGAAAAACUGCAGUUUAUGCUUGUUGAAGUUUUCAAAGGGUACAAAGUUUAAAAAAGGUAUGGGAGUAAAUUCCACUUAUAUCAUUUUUUAUAUACAGAGUUCCUAAUUUUGUUAAAAUCAAUGCAAAAUUUCCCAAUACCAAGGGUUAAGAUAACUUAAAGUAUGUUUAGCUGCUGUUCAUAUUUUAAGCAGCCCUACUUCAGGUAAAGAUGACAGGAAUGAUAAUAGAUAUGUGGCCUCUCUAUAUAACUUCAAGUGUUCAAGAUGGUUCAUGCAACAUGUUCUCAUAUGUCAGAAUAAAUUCUAAUCUAUCUGGACCAAGGUUUGAAAGAUUGAUAAAAACAUUUGUUUCAUGAAUUACAGUGGAAACCAUUAACUUGUUUGAGCUUGAGUAGGUUUCAAUAUAUCCAUGAAUUUUUUUCUUCUCACAUAACUGUCAGAUUAAUAUACAGUGUGUAUACAAUAUAUGAUAAAUAAUGUCAUAAAUGCUUUGUCGGAAAGCAAUAUUUCGCUUCGAAUGAAGACUUCAAACAAAGAUAAUUUUACUAUUUCUUCACAAUUUUACAUGACUUUUGUAACAAAGGGUAAUCUAAGCAGCCCAAAGAGCACCGCCUUCGUUUUAUUGCAUGAGUUUGAUUAGGUGAUUAGUUUAUUCAAACACUUCGACAAGACUAAAGGCGGGGCUCCGUAAGCAGCGUAGACCGUACUAUGUUUCAUUUAAUAUGCUCAAUAAAUAGUAAAGUUAUCUUUGUUCAAAGUCUCCAUUGGAAGCAAACUGUUGCCUUCCGACUUAGCAUUUAUGACGUAAUUUAUCACGUGGUAUACACACACUGAUAUAUCUUCUUAAAAAUCUCCAUACCACAGAAGAUAGUUCUGACUAAUCAUGGAUUAUGUGGCUAAGCUAUUCUCUGUUCAAUUCACCAGGUCAAUUUUUAUUUCAUUUCACACGAAUAUUAGCUAUUUCUUAGACAAAUGAUAAGAUACUUAUAGUCUGGAAAGUAUGAAUUUCCUAUGACAACAUAUUUGAAAGUUAUAAAAAUAGUCCACAUGUUUUUUUAUCGACUUCAGUACAUUUAUGAGAUUAAAAACUUGUAUAGUAUGUAGUUAUUGUUCGUGUUAGUUAGUGAGAUAGAUUGUUAGCUGUUUGUGUAGUGCUUAAGGCUGGGAUUAUGUCGGGUGUUGCAUGUUUGUAUAUUUUUAACAUUUCUAUUAUGGGUAUAUUUUUUGGUCAAAUUUAUCAAAUGUUGUGAACUUCAUUCAAAGGCAUUUAAGUUUACUUUUAUAUAUACAUGUACACAGGUUAUAACUUGUAAAUAAUAAUAUAUGGUAUAUGAAUCCAGAGGAAGAUUCAAUACUCUCUUACCUACGACACAAAUCCUUGGUUGGCGUUUUCUCUACCCACAUGGUGUCAGUAGGUCAGUAUUCAUGUUUUAUUUAUACCUUAUCUUGUAACUCAGCCCUGAAAAAAUGAAACAAAUAUGUAUAUUUGUGCGCCUGGGCUUCCUGGAAGAUGCCUAGGAACGCCCCUGUUAUAUACUUAUCGUAUCAAAAAAACUUGAAUGAGAUUAAAUGUUGAUAAAUGUUGACUUUCAAUUUGCUCAUGACUAAAUUACAUAUUUUACUUGCAUAUCAUUUCAGUUAAUCUGUAAAAUAUGCAUGUUGAUUGACCUUAAAAGGUUUUGAAACAUAUAGCACAAAAUAAUUGUUUUCUUUCUGAAUUCACAUCUGGCAAUAAACAAAUAUUGACUUGAUUUGAGGAUUGGGAGUGCACAUCGCAUAAAAUGCAUCCUAAACUUGCCAUGUUAAAAUAUUGUUAUGUGAUGAAAAAAUAAAAUUGUUUUUGGCGUUAUUGAUUGUAUGAAAAUCAUUAAUAGUGAUGUUUUUAGCUCAUUUGUUAUACGAAGAAAAAAAGGCAAGGUAUUAUCAAUAGCCUCGGUGUCGUCAAUUUUGUUAGUCGAAUUGCAAAAUAUUUUGCCAAAACUUAAAAAUAGUUCAAUGUUUCAAUACAUGUUGCCAUAGACAUUUCAUGUAUGUACAGCAGGGCCCAAAACUCCAGCUUCAAGAAAAUUGUUAAGUUAUUUCCCUUGUAUUUUUUCAGAGUAUACCUUUUUAAUAGUGCAUAAAUGACCUAAACCUUGUUGAUAUUAUCAUUAUUAUGUGAUGAAGAUAUAGAAGUGUUAAUAGCAUAUUUAGUAGUGUGAAUAUGUGACUGUAAUAGUGCUGUUUUUACUUGAUGCUCGUGUUCUUUAGAGAAUUAUCAUUUUUAGUGCUUCUACGUUAUUUAUGACACACAUAUGAAUUGUUUUAUAAAUAAAUAUCUAAAAAUA